AUGACCUCACCAAAGAAGAUCGUUGUCAUUGGCGGUACUGGAAUGUUUGGCGGCUCAGUCGCUCGUUCACUGAAAGACAAUCCCGAGUUCGAAGUUGUGUUGACAACGCGCGAUGCUAACUCGACCAAAGCCCGCGAGUGUCGUGAGCAGGGAUAUUUGUUGGUAAAGGCAGACUCCUGGAAUGCUGCCGAGCUCGAUUUGGUAUUCACGGGCGCCUAUGGUGUGUUUCUCAACACUGACUCAGACGACCCGAACUUCAAAAAUGAGGUCGGCCUGCCGGAAUCCGCCAUGGGCAAAAUCGUGAUCGACGCUGCCAUCCGUCAAAAUGUCAAAUACUUUGUUUUCUCGGGACUUCCACAGUCUAACCGCCUUACGGACGGAGAAGUGUCCAUCGUGUCCUUCGACAACAAGAACGCCAUUGCCAACUACGGACGUAAGGCUGGGUUUGAAGCCUUUGUUGAGGUCAAUUCUGGUUGGGCUAUGGAUAUCCUCUUCAUGGAGACGUACGCGAAUGCAUUCGGUGGAUUCGCGACCAUUCCAGACUCGGAAGGCUUCCUCAGUUUGAAAGUCUUCCCUAUGAGCAAUGACACGGGGCUGAUCCCAUGGACCUCCGUGAGAGACGAUUACGGCGAUGCUGUACAUGCUGUUUUCUUGGAACCAUCAAAAUAUGCCAAUCGCAUUAUCUGGGCCAUAUCCGAGGCAGCCAGCUUCCAAGAUGUGGCUGAUACAUACAACCGAUUGACCGGUACACAAGUCGCGAGAUUCGUACCGCAAACCGAGCCCCUCAAAGCUAGCACCCCCGGCAAAACCAAGGAAGUCAACGGACUGCGCAACUAUUGCCACUACAUGCAGGGGAAAUACUGCAACAAUCAGGUAACUGAUAAUCGUUUGCUGGGAGAGAUGAGAGAGCUCAAAGCGCUUGCAACAAAGGCGCGAGGAAAGGGACAUGCGUCCACACAGUCUAUCGACGGCUUUCUACGCGACAACGCCACCGUCAAAUUGCAAUCACCCAUGUCGAAAAUUUGA